GGAGAGUGGAGACGCGAGUGACGAACCACAAGCUGUGAAGAUUGACCAUCAAAGUCUAAACAGGGAAGAAUCAGGUGCUAUCCGAGUAUUACAAACAAAAGUACGGGGACGUUAAUGAAAGAUUGAUGGUUGCGACUUGCGAAGAGGUGAAAAGGGAAGACCAAGAAGUCUCUGCAUCUCUCGCUGUCUCUGAUUCUCUCUCUGUAGGUUGUAUCUGCAACUCAGGGAUGGAGGAGAACUGCUCCACCGGAAAGUCCAUAGGAGCUUGUAACGAAAGUGAACCUGGUAAAAGUACAGUUCGUCAUGGUGAUGCAGUGGACACCAGUAUAACGCCUGAAGUGGGAAUGCAGUUUGAAACACAUGAAGCUGCAAGACUGUUUUACGAUCAAUAUGCUAGACAUAAAGGGUUCUCUACCAAAAUAAAACGCUCGUGGAAGAGGGGACGUAGUGAUGAGUUGUCUGCAAUAUUGUAUUCAUGUUCUAAAGCCGGUAGUAAACAUGAGAACAAGAACACUCAAUUUGAAAGAGGGACUUCAUUGACAGAUUGCAAAGCAGAAAUGAGAGUUAAGAGAAUGGACACCAUGAAGUGGAAAGUGACCGAAGUUGUACUUGAUCACAAUCACGAGCUCGUCCCUUCAAGCGUAGAUCUAUAUAGACCCAACCGGUGCAUAAGCUCUGGAGUCAGGAGGAAGUUAAAAAAGAGGCUUGUUUGUCAACCUCUGUCCACCCAGAAUCACAUGAACAACAUCCCCAGUGAGAUGAAUAAACUUUUGGAUAUUCAACCUAUUUCCUAUUUACGAGAGGCAGAGGGCACGGUGUGCACACCUGCUGAUAUCAAGGAGUUACCUGGUUCGUACAUCUACAUCAUUGACAUGCCUGGACUUAAAUCAGAUGACAUCAAGGUGCAGGUUGAGGAUAACAAUAUUCUCAGUGUAUGUGGGGAGAGGAAGAAGAACGAGAGGGAGGAUCCAGAAGCCAAAUUUAUUAGAAUCGAGCGGGUGGGGAAGUUCAUGAGGAGAUUCACACUUCCUGCCAAUGCUAAUGUCGAUUCCAUCUCAGCCGUUUGUAGAGAUGCUGUAGUCACUAUAACAGUAGCCAAAAUUCCUCCUCCUGAACCUAAAAGACCUAAGGUCAUAGAGGUUAAGGUUGGCUGAAAUUUUUCAGUUGUACUGUCUUGUUGUAGGGGUUCUAUUUUUUGUGUCUCAACACUUCUUUUUUUCUUUUUCUUUUUUUUUCUUUCUCCUGGUCCUUAAUGUUCUUCUCCUUCUUUGUAAUGAAAUUUUUAAGAAAUGUAAGCUUUCUCCAUUACAUCUGAAUCUUGAUUAUUAUUCUUGA